AAGCGGAAGCGCCGGGCGGUGCCGAGGAAGGAGUCGAGGGGUGGCUCACUGAGCUGUGUGUAAAGUUUUCUCCGCGGGGGACUGGGUUCACGUGACAAAUUGUCUCUGGAGUUCAAGUUUGAGUUGAAACCAGCCUAAAAUUUCACCUGUCCUCACUGACCCGUGGAUUUCUGUGUGACCAGUUUUUGUCGUUCUGGAAUUCAGGAGCAGCUUAGCUGGAAGGUUCUGGCUUGGGACUUUCAUGAAGCUGCAGGAGGUUAUCAGCUGGGACUGCAGUCAUCUGAAAGCUUGACUGGUGCCAAAGGGUUCACUUCCAAGGAGGUUCCCUCACAUUCUGGCACAUCAGUGCUGGCUGUUGGAGGGGACAGUUCCUUUCCAAAUCAGCCCUGAUUCAGUGUGGCUGUGAAUACCAGGAAGCUUGGAUCAUUCAGGCUAUUCGGGAAGCUGAUAACCAUAGAGGGAAAAGAGCCCUGUCCUGAGUGCACUGUGGGGAUAAGAGGAGGAGCGUCCUCGUUCUUCUGCUUCCUAUUGCUCGGGAAAACUUACUGUCCGAAUCACAGGAUGGCGACCAUGGUUCUGUCCCCCACUUGUGCUCAGUCUUCCCCAUACCCAGCCUCUCACCAGAAAGGAUGCACAGAGGAGGAAGGGUUGGCUAAUGGCUUCCUGACAAACUGGUUACAGGACUUCGUGACUUUUGAGGAUGUGACUGUGGAGUUCACCCAGGAAGAGUGGGCACUGCUGGACCCUUGUCAGCGAACACUGUACAGAGAUGUGAUGCUGGAGAACUGCAGGAACCUGGCUUCACUUGGGUAUCAUAUUGAUAAACCCAGUCUGAUCUCUCAAUUGGAGCAAGAAGACAAGGUGAUGACAGAGGAAAGAGGAAUUCUUCCAGGCACCUGUCCAGAUUUGGAGACAGUACUUAAAGCAAAAUGGUUAACUCCUAAGAAGCAUGUUUUUAGAAAAGAACAUUCUAAUGGUGUAAAAGUGGAGAGAAGUCAUCUGGGAGUGAAACUCAAUGAAUGUAAUCAGUGUUUUAAAGUCUUCAGCACAAAAUCUAACCUUACUCAGCACAAAAGAAUUCAUACUGGAGAAAAACCCUAUGACUGUAAUCAGUGUGGCAAAUCCUUCAGCAGUAGAUCCUACCUCACUAUUCAUAAGAGAAUACAUAAUGGGGAGAAGCCCUAUGGAUGCAAUGACUGUGGGAAAGCCUUCAAUGAUCCUUCCUCCCUCAGACUGCAUGUGAGAAUCCAUACUGGAGAAAAACCCUACGAAUGUAACCAGUGUUUUCAUGUCUUCCGCACUAGUUGUAACCUCAAAAGCCACAAGAGGAUUCAUACGAGGGAGAAUCACCAUGAAUGUAAUCAGUGUGGCAAGGCCUUCAGCACGAGGUCCUCCCUUACUGGGCACAACAGUAUUCAUACAGGAGAGAAACCUUAUGAGUGCAGUGAUUGUGGGAAAACCUUUAGGAAGAGCUCAUAUCUCACACAGCAUAUGAGAACUCAUACUGGAGAAAAACCCUAUGAGUGUAAUCAGUGUGGAAAAUCCUUUAGUAGUAGCUUUUCCCUUACUGUGCACAAGAGAAUUCAUACUGGUGAGAAACCCUAUGAAUGCAGUAACUGUGGGAAAGCCUUUAAUAAUCUCUCAGCUGUUAAGAAACAUGUAAGAACUCACACUGGAGAAAAACCCUAUGAAUGUAAUCAUUGUGGGAAAUCUUUCACCACUAACUCUUACCUUUCUGUGCACAAGAGAAUCCAUAAUAGGUGGAUAUGAGUACAAUAACUGGGAAAGCAUUCACUGAUUUCUUAUCUCUCAGACAACUUGUGAUAACUCAACACUAGAUGUAUGAGUUAUCUGUUGCUGCAUAACAAACUUCCCUUCAAAACAUAGUAGCUUUAAACAACAAACAUUCAUUAUCUAUAGGUCAGGAAUUCAGAACCAGCUUAACUGUGUAGUUCUAGCUCAGGAUCUCUCAUGAGGUUGUAGUCAAGAUGUCAGCAGGAGCUACUGUCAUCUACUUUACUGCUGGCUGAGGAGUCCACUUCUGGAAUAGCUCAGUCACAGGCCUGGCAAGUUAGUGCUGGUUGUUAGCAGGGAACCUUCAUUUUCUCACCAUGUAGGACUCUCCACAGGGCUAUUUAUCUUUAUGACGUAGAAGCAGGUUCCUCCCAAAGCGUUUGAUUUAAAGAAGAGCUAAUGCAGAAACCACAUUGUCUUUUAUGACCUAGUCUCAGAAGGACAUAUCAUCACUUCUUCCAUAUUUUAAUGGUCACACAGACCAGUCCUGAUACAAUGUGGGAAGAGACUAUACUCAUUAUGAAUACCAGGAAACAGAGAUUGUUGGGAACCAUCUGAGAAGUUUUCCAUGAAAUCACUGAUGUAAGGCCUUCAGGGGACCCUCAUUCUUUCAGUCUGUGCUGUAUGAAGUAAUAUUUAAUAACUCUCGUGUUAAUUCACCCGUGAAAGAAACCUCAUGAGUCCACUCUUUGUGAUAAGCUUUCAGCUCAAAUUCACCCUAAUGUACACAAAAGAUUAAGUAUUGGGGAUAAAUCUGAGGAAUACAGUGGUGAUAUCUAGGGAGUCAUGUGACAAUUCACACUAAGGUGAAAAUCCUAUGAAUAUCAUCAAUGUAAGUCUUCAGGGACACUCAUCCCUUAGAACACACAUGAGGAAUCACUACAGAGGAACACUCACUCAUAUAAGGAAUGUGGAAAACCCUAUAGCACAAGAGUUUACAUUAUUGAACAGAAGAUGAAGAGAUUCCGAGUGCAAGUACUAUGGGAAAGCCUUCAAUGUUCUCUCAGUUUUUAAGAGAUAUGAUGAUUUAUUCUGGAGAGAGUGUCCCAGUGAAUGGCAUCAGUAUCGGAAAACCUUCCAUUUUCCCACAUUCCUUAAACUGAAAAGUUGUUGCAGAGAAACUUGUGAGUAUAAAGAAUGAGGGAAUGCCUUUAAUGAUAACUCUUACGUUAGGAAAACUAUGAAAUUCCUGGAUGCAAAACCUGUGGAUUAAUUUUGGGAAAUCUUUCGGUGAGUCCUGUCUGUUGACUUCUGAGAAGUCACGCAGGCGGGGAACCCUAGAAGACACUCAACGUGAGAUUGCCUCAGCUCUUCUCUGAGUGGCCACAGAAUACUUUAAACUGGGAAUGAAAAGUGUAAAUAUGAGCAUGGGAUUACCUUUAUCAGUGUCUCAUCCUUAGGAUGGGGCAACUAGCUCUUUAAUUUUCAGUCUUUGCUUAAGUAUAAACAUAUCUAUAGGUAUACCCUAAGAUAAACCUUAAAUUAUGUUCCAUAGUUUUAUAUUUAAUAUGUUUAUUAUCAUUUACUCUAAAAAUAUUAACACGUUGCAUAUUCAUAAAGGUAUUUCUGAUUAUCUCCUGAGUGAUUUAGUUUAUCCUAGUAGAAAUUAGACUAUAUUUGCUACAUACCUUUUUCUAAUUUAAUGACAUUUUUAUCAAGUAAGUGGACUUUAUGAUGUUCAGAUAUAGUAUGUACAUUCAGGUUGGGUUUUUUUUUUUU